GGAAGUCGCCUGCCAAUCAACGUUUGCUUUCUCCCCGCCACACACUUACAGCCCAGCCCCCAGCAUCCCUUGCGCACACACAGCGCUGCCCCAUCCAAGGCUCAGACUGGCAGCGGCGCUCAGCCUGGUGAAAGGCAAAGUCGCUGCGAUCUAGAAGGAGAGGGACUGGCUGCUGCAUGUGCUGUAGCCUCUUGUCAUGCACAGAAUAUCGCAGAAAGCGCCGGCAGCAGGAGGAGAGCAGAGAACAGCCCUGGCAGCCCGAGCAAGGCGUGUUACUUACUGGUAAGGAGGGCACAGGGCACCCACCAUCACCUGCCCAAAUCUCCAGCCGCUAAACUGAUCCUCCUGGCUCCUGCAAGUCAGCUGGGAGGGGAGGCACAGCAACUGUCAGUUCUGCCAUGGCCACUCACCGGGUACAGUUCUUCAGCCUGUCACCUGGGAUCCAGAGAAGAGGCAGCCUCACACUGGCAACAGAAGAACCGUGAGGCCUGUGGAAAACCCAGUGCAGUAGUGAUGGGACCCAGAUAUUAUUUAUUCAUUAUCAUCUGUGGAAUAUUAAUGCAAACUUGUAAUUCUGCACCAGUUAAGAAGAUAAGAAAUCUCAACUUGUUGCACCACCACCUGACUGUGAAGCCAAAUACCCGGAGUCUUGUGCCCUGUAAAUUUCUUCCAGUCCUUCCAAUAGAUGCAACAAAAAUGACACUUGAAUGGGGUAAAAUCUCGAAGGAUUCUGGACAAUACACCCCUCUUAUCAUACUGAACAGCGAUGGAGUCAAAACUUUCCCAGAGACAAGCAGGAAAUAUGAUCUUUUUGUACCGCUUGUAAGCAAAGGAAACUGCACCUUAAUUAUCAGCCCCACUGAUGCUACAGACAGCGGAGUGUAUGAAGUGCUGAUCACACUAGAUGGGCAGUUGUAUGAAUCCCUUUCCAGAACCAGAAUUACCGUUUCAGAUCGAAAACAAACUUCCGGUAAGACACGAAGAUCAAAGUCCCGUGCAAAUGUAAUUCCAACAGAAAGUACUACAGCAAAUGCAAUGAUCGAUACAGCACCAACCCCGGUCACAAACAGCACGGAAUUUUUUGCAUUGCUACUGGAGAAACACGGGAGGGCGACAAUUAUCGGGGUGAUGGUACUGCUAUCAAUCCUCAUAAUACCCGCCCUGAUGGCACUGGUUGUAUGUUGUCGGUUUUGCUGUGCGGAAGACCCUGAUGAGGAUGAAGAAACCCCAAAAGAGAAUAACCAAAGAGCAGCUCAAGGGGAGGCUAGUGUCCAUUAUGAGAAUGAGACCCCAGCUCAUGUAAAUGUGACCUCUAGCGAGAAGAAAGAGGAAAAUAAAUCUGCUCCAGAUGAAAGCAGUAGUGAGGAAGAGUCUCAAAAUACAGAAACACCAAUAACAUCUAGUGAGACAGAAGAAAGUGCCUGAUUGUGCCGAAUGUGCAGCAAAGUCUUAAGUUGGAGCGUAAAAUAAAGUAAAAAGAAGAAAAACUGAUUUUAUGAAAAUAGUGUGCAAGAAAAAAGAGAUCUUUACAGUCCCUGCAUAAUAAUCAGUGAAAAAAAAAUUAUAUUUCCUAUGUUGAAGCUGAUAUAUUUUUAGAAUAAAUAAAGUUAACAUAUGCAGAAAAGAUUUUUGGAAUAUGGUUGUUUUAUUUCAGCUUUUAUUAUUGGUGGUAAAUGUGGAGUAUUGGGGGAGUCUUGAUGGAUGUGUGUGACCCGUCUAUCCUAAACAG